GCAUCCUCGCAGCAGCAACAGCAGCAUUACUGUCACCGUUUAUCGCUCCCAUUAGCGUCAUUAUUAUCACGCUCCUCGCUAUCAUAAUAGCACGCUGCAUUGGUAUAAUAUUAAUAAUAAUGACGAGGCGCCUGCUAUUAAAAGCAGUUGCACCGAUUGUGUGUGCGUCGUGAUUUGUGCGUCGUCGUUCGCAGCUUCUAUUUUCUAUUUAGACGAACCCCGUGUAUUAUAUAUAAGGUAUAGCACACACGCAUACACUCUUUUUUAAGGACUUGCGAAGAACCUCCUGUUUUAUUACUGCGUAUUUACUAUAUUAGCAACUCUACUCGUUUAUCUUUUAUUUUAUAUUACGUAUAUCUACUUCCUAACGUGUACUUGAUCGCCUCGAGAAAAGUGUUCUUUCUUUUCAUAAUUGACGGUAUGAGGUUAUGUAAAUGUAUAAUUUUUACUUGAUCUUAUUUAUGAUAUAAUUUAUGAUGAUAUAUAGUGAUUAUUACGACGAUUAUUAAUAUUGGUGAUAUUCUUAUUGCUAAUUAUUAAUGUGGAUAUUUAGGAACGUAUCGCGCCCUGUAUAAAGCAUCAACGCGCAAAAAAAUAAGGGAAAGGGUAAUGUUUGCCUUUUCUUUCUUUUUUUUUCUUUUUUUUUUCUUUUUUUUUUAAUGAACAUUAAUGGAACGCGGAUGUGUCCGAUAGAUUUUUUUUAAAGAAGUUACUUCGUACGGAAUAGGGUGCCGUGCGUUUAAAAGAGGCGUUAAUAAUAGUUAAAAUUAUCGUGAUUAAAUUUGCGACUCACGUGUUUCAUUAAUUAUUUUUGUUGUUAUUGUUACGUGUGAUUGACUUUGACUAUUUUUUUAUGAAUGAAUUUCAACCGAACGAAAGCUAUACUUUUGUUUAAGCUUGUUAAGUCUAACAAAAGCGCAUCGGUUCUUGUAAUAUAUAUACAUAUAUUAACUAACGAUUAUCGGAACAAAGCGUUUUAAAAAUAAGAAGUUAAAUCACGAGAAAGGCUAACGAAUUUUUUAAUGAAUUUUUGUAUAUAUAAAAUUUGAGUCAAUUUGUACGUUCUGCCAAAGUAAUGCGAGCAAACAUUUUAGCCUCUUAUAUCGUACGACACCUAAGCGUGAGUCUCAAUUUUUUCGAAAUGCGAUAAAGGGAAAACAAACAGAAUAAUCGUGAAAAGAGAAUGUUUAAGAAUAUUAAAAACAAUAAUAAGGUUAUUACAAGUAUCGUGCCACAUGCUAUACUGCUGCUAAGCUGCUAAUCGCUACAUAUGAUGAAAAAGUUGGACGUGCUCGUCUUUAAAGAAAAAAAAUGUUUCGCGGUAAAACUUCCAUCUAUUACUGUAGUUAAAAACGUAUUGACAUCACUACUAUUGUUACUACUGUUAACUCUUAUCGCUAUUUCACUACGACUUUAUGUACAUAUAUUAUAACAUGCUCACUCUUACAGCCAUACACAUUUACGCAAUUGUAUGUAUAUUUUCCAACUCUGCGUGUGAGAAAAACCAUAAGUGUUCGAUUGUCUAGCUGCCGUUGAGCUAAUAUGUGUGUUUAAAAUAUAAGCAAAAAUGACGAGAUUAUAAUAAUAGUCAAAAAAAGAUCGAAAAAUUGGAUGAAUAAUGUUACAUUUGGGUCGAUCGCUUUUUUUUCUUCUUAAAAAAAAAAUAAUAAUAAUCAUAAUAAAAAAAAACGUAGAUACUGACUCGUCUAACAGAGAAAUUUUAGCAAUUUUAUACGAACUUUUAUCUCUUGCUCAUUUCUAUAGUGGGGACAUUUACUCAAAAGUAAACAAAAUUGUUUCUCAACAACGGGCGAUAAAUAUGCGUUUAUCUUGUAUAUUGUCAUCGAAUGAUCAUCUCGCGUUAAAAAAUUCGUAAUGAUAUGCUUGUAAAAAGUUUGACAAAGUUUGUGUAAAAAUUAAACUAUAAUCGAUUUAAUGUAUAUAAAUACUAAGGUACCUAAAUGGUAAACAGAACGCAAAUUAAAAGGAAAUGAAUUAUUUCAGAGAGAGAGAGAGAGGGAGCACAAACUCAUGUAAAACUAACCUCGCCGAUAUUGUUUCUUUACAUGCGAGGUUUCAGCAAUCAUAAGCUCUUUUAUCCCGAAACAAACUUUCAAGUAAUUGCGAAAAAGUGUCCAUGGCAGCUACUAUGAGAUGCUAUUAUGAAAAUUCGUGCAGCAGCAGGUAUGCAAAUAAUAGCCCUGGCUACAGUUUUUGGGGUGGUGCUCAUGUGUACGUUGAACAGAAUUCAUCAUCAUAAUAUUUAACUGAGUAAUAUGAACAUUUUGUAAUUUUAUAAUAAUUUAAAAUUUUAAUAUUUCAAUGACGAUUGCUUUGAUAAUGGCCUUAUAUGUAUGUAUGAACAAUACUUUUUACAAGUGGAAAUUCCUAUAAAUUGAGGAGUGCAUGAUGAAUUUUUAUAAUUUGAACGAAAUUUAGUACUUUUCAAUAUUUUGUUUUACGGUGCACGGUGCGCACCCUAAAUUUCGCUGUAGAAAUUGACAUGGAAACAGCCAAGUUUCCUCGAAAAAACUAAAAAAAAACAUGAUUUGGACAUUUUUAUCUGAAAGAGUAAAAUAAAUGAAAUUAUCGUUUCCUGCCAAAAUUGUUGCGAAGGUAUCUCAACUCGUCCAAGUUAGGCUAGCGAGAAGCGAACUGGUUCGUAAAUACCAAAUAAUACAUUGAUAAGGCUAGAGUGUACUGAACUUAAUUUGAGCUUUCAUUCGUGGUGUCCAUUUAAACAAAACAGUGUGAAUAUCAAAGGAAAAAGCAGAAUUUUUUUCUAGAGAUCCAGUGAUAUCAAGAUCAAGGAUGAUCGGAUUCGCCGAUAUUCUUGGCGAUUUUAGUAAAUUUAGUAGCAUAAAACUCGCAUCGAUUUUUCUCGAGAACUCAAUUGCCCAUAGAGAAAAUCGUCACGUAUAUAUUAAGCUUGUAUUUUUUAACGUUAUAAACGUAAUAGCGGUUGUGACCUAUGCGCGCGGAAAAAGUAUGCUGUCUCUCUUCUUUAUGAAACAAUUAUCACGAGCGAAAAUAUGUUCAAAUAAAUCGAUAUGAAGUUUUCUAGUGAUUAUUAUUAUUGAUUAAAGUUUGUCAAAAUUUUAGCUAUAAAAAGUAUUAAAACGUAGAUUGUUUGUUAUCAAAGACAAAAAUUGUUUUUCGUUCUUUGGUUUUUGUUUUGUUAAUCUUGUAUAUUUUUACUUUCACAUAUGUCUUAAAGCUACUAACGUUCACAUGCAAUUUUGAUUCACCUCUUGAUUUUUUUCGUUGAGUUACAAAACGAUGAGACUUUCUGAUCGAUCGUUAAAGUGAGGACAAAAUGAGCAACGCUACUACGAUAUUAAAAAUGUUAAGAGAAAACGAAAAAAGCAAACAUUUUGACGAGAAAGAACAACGAUAUAAUUUGUUAUGUCAAUGAGUAAUCUUUAUGGCAGUAGAUUCUAAAGGCGUAUGAUUGGCUCAAACAUUCGUUUUUCUCGAUCGAAUUCAGUAUUACGCAUUUACUAUGUCCGAAGAAAUCAAAAGUCGAAGAAAAUAAAAGACCAUAUCAAUGGCGGAACGUAUAAAGAAAAAAAAACAAGAAAAGUCGCAAUGAUGUGAAUACAUACAUUUUUUGAAACGAAGAUAGUGAGUAAAGGGCUCGGACAUUUUAGAGAGAAAUCAAGCAUCAAUAAUUCUAAUACGUAAGGAAAAAAAGUAAAAAAAAAACAUUUGCGAGCGAAUGAGUGGAUAAGGGCGAAAAUGAUAAAAGCUUUAUUAUUCUAUUUUCGAGUUCACUUUUGCAUAUAAGAUUAUACUCUUAGGUGAAUACAAAACCUAUAAAAUCAUCAUUGUAAAUCGCGAUGGCAUGGUGACUUAUUAUAUUACAAAUCACCAGUUUUGCUAAAGGUUCAUAUCUGUCUUAAAUAAUCAGUGCUCAUUGAUAGACUCAGUGAAAAGUGUACAGUUAAGUUGGAACCUUUGUCAAAACUUAGGUAAAGAUAACGAUCAAUAUUGUUGCACAAGUGAUGAAGAUGUUUCUAGAUUGAUAUCAAACUAUUAUAACAUUACUAUCUAGAAUGCGUCAUCCAUGUUUUUGAUAGACGUUUUCUGGAUUUCGCGUUGACUGCUCCUGGCUUCAAGGAAAAAUUAUUGAGAUAUUUGAUGAUGCUUUGAUCCUGUAUCGAGUGGAAUGGCAUUUGGAAGUCAGAAAAUUCAAAUAUCCUGAGCAUGUCGCAUUACAUAGCACAAAGAAAUAAAAACAGAUUUUCAAUAAUUUAUUUCUUGGUGUUCGCUCUGCUGUAAUCGUCUCACUACAUGCACUGAAUUUAUGAGUUUCGUUAUAAACUGCAAGCAAUAAUACAUAAAUAUUGGGUAUUUAUGAUAUACUUAGUGAGUCUGAUAACAUACAGUAAUUGUUAUUAUUAAACUUUUAUUUUCAACAGAUAGACGCGAUAAAUUGUAUUAUUGUUUGAAAAGCAUCUUAUCUAAUGCAAACUCAGAGUAGUUAAUUUCAGAUGACAAAAGGAGCAAACAUACUGAUGAUAAAAAUAAUAAAUGUAAAAUGUAAAUGUAUAGCGGUGAAUGUUCCUGCCGUUGACGCGUCGCAGGAACUCCGGUGAAAGCAAUUGGCCCGUCGUUUAUUUUACUUUCAUCUGCUUGACGAAUCAAUAGCUCAACAUUUGAAUCGCUUUACUAUUUAACACCUUGCUUUUUUAAACAUCAUACAUUUUGUGACAAGAAAUUGACGAGCCCAGUGCGAGUGCUUAUAAACAAUUUAACUGCCGUAAAUAUGGGUACAAAAAUAUAAAUUGCUGUGCGAAUAUUGAUGGAAUUUUCUAAGUUUUAUAGUAUGGGACAUUGAUUCUUAUUAUGUCCACGCCCUUUAUGCAUAUUAUUCGCAUUCUAUACUUUGUCAAUUGUUGACUAUUAUACUGUACGUAGAACGUUAAGUUCUUCUUAUUAAGGAACUAUGUUUAUGUAUUUCUUUUCAUCUAGUUUAUUACAUCGCCUUAGUUGAUUAGCGCUUGCAAAGGGCUUUACAUAAUUCAUUUACAUUAUAUGACCAUUGCUAUUAUUAAUAUGAUUACUAUUAUUAUAUUAUAGUUAUAUUAUUAUUCUUGUUAUCAAUGUCAUUAUUAAUAGUGCUAUAAUUAUAAAUAUUGCGACUAAGCGAAACGUGCGACACGGGCAUGGCGAUAUAGAAACUUGGAGAAUUUUCGGCGUGAAUUCUUUUGUGAAUUUCGUGCCCUCCUCUUCGUGAGAAUCGCGUUAAAAAUGUAUACGUCUUGAAAAACAGAUAAGAAAAAAAGAAAAAAAAGAUGGUUGCGAAAUUUCGGCGAAGCCAUAGAUUAUAAAGUACUUACUCACAUUGUGUUGAAGAAAAGUUGGAAAAUUGCAUUGGAUUUUUGUCUCAGUUUUGUCGCAUCACACACUAGCACAAACUGUAUAUUUUUUCUUUCUAUUUUUGAUUUAACGUAAUCCCGUGUUUUCAUUUGCAAUUAAUCGUAUACGUGCUGCUCCAAGAUUUCGAUCGAUUUGAAUAAUUUUAUAAUAAGUAAGUGAGCGCUCGAAUUUUUUUACCGUGACACUAAAAUGUAGCGGCGCUCAAUUUAAUAAUAAUCGCCGAGAGUGAAUGAAUUAAGCGUGGGUCCGUUGAAUUUUUUAUCUGAAAGACGGAUCUUCGGAAUUUAAAAAACUCGGAAACGCGACGAUGACGGCGUUGUUAAUCAUCGAUUGAACGAUACAAAAUGAUGAAAAAAAAAAAAAAAAAAAUUAUAAAACAAAUAAAAACGAAAAAAGGAAACAAGUAAUCGAGCCGUAGUUUCGAGUGUGCCUGUGUACGCAAGGGUGCGUGAGAGCGAAAAUAUGCUAAAUAAAUAUUAUACGAUGAGAAUUGAUGGAAACGAUUUUAAAGGCAGAAGUAAAGAUAUAUUGUAAAUUAAUUGAUUGUACCGUAAAAGUAAUGCCGAGGUAUGGGGCGAGACGACGAAUCGAGGUGAUCGUAAAACAGUGUUUUGAAAAAAAAAGAAAAAUAAUAAUAAAUAAACACGAAAGCGAUAAAAUCAAUAGAAAAUCUAUGAGUUAAUAAGCGUUACGAAUUCGUAUACAUACACGCGAGAGAAUUCAUUUAGUGCAGAGUGGAUGCGACAGUGAGUGAUGAGCCGAAUGAGUGUAACUUGCAUUAAAAAGAUGAGAGAACGCGGUAGCGAAUGAAUUUUUGUGUGCCACUAGGUCAUGUAAAUAUAUAUAAAAUUAAAGAGUUUACAUACGAACAUGUGAUGUGUAUAUACACACUAUAUAUACGGAAAAUAUCGAGAUAUAUUUGUAAAUUCUGUUAUCCGAAUGCAUUAUGAAUAUUUUAACCUCCUGUAAUAAAAUAUUUAAUAAAAAAUGUUACCAACCAAACUGGCUUGUUACAUUUUUCGGAUCAUCUAUGUUCACCUCUUGCGUUUACCUAAGUUAGACAAGUAGCUGAAACUGAAUCCGUGACCUUCUAAUAACUUAAUCAAGCCAUGUUCGGUUACAUUUUAUACAUCGAUAUUCAAAUUUUCAUGUAGUCCAUGAGCGAAUCCGGCGACUCUUUGCUUUGCCACAUGUGUUCGUGCAGACAAUAGUGUACGCUAUCACGCUGAAAGCGUUAUCAUGCAAUCUGUAGAAUUUCCGACACGAAGCGUAGAACUCGAUCUUUGAAGCGCAACUGGUAAGCGUACUGGUUAGAGCCGAAUAGAAUCCGAAUAACGUAGAAUCGAAAAAAGCUGCAAUGCAAGACGUGUAGUAUGGUUAAAGAUGAAGGUAGAAAGUUUACGUGAGCGUUUCAGAAACACAGAAAAACCUCGGUAAUUUUAGGGCAUUCCUUUUUUAAUGCUUUUUCGUAUUUGCAUCAACUAGCAAAAAUAUUAAUAGCGUAUAAUCAUCGAAGAUGCACCUCUACUUUCUCCGCACGAAAGCACGGAAAUAGCGUUUGUUGACGUUCAUACGCGAGUCGCGAAAAUAUAAUUGAACAAACGUAUUUAAGCUUCAUUUAUCGCUACAUCGCAGUGGCAUUUACGUAAUCUGACUAGCGAUAAGGCGAGCUCGAUGAAAAAAAAAAAAAAUCUUCCCCGUUCACGCCCAUCAGAAAUGGAAAUGGUCGGAAAAACUCAAUCCAUAGGUGGUCAACGCGCGAGCAAGUAUUUCGCAGGCCUCGCCAAGUAGAAAUGGCUGGAUACGGCCAGACAGUAGCCGCUCUCUGCAAAAUCCAAUAACGCGCGUGUAUCGUGCAGGUAGACAGAGACGUAGAGCGCGAGCGAGCGAAUCUCUCGGGUAUUUUUAUGUAACGCUGCAUCUUGUCCAUUGUUUCCCCGGGUGCGGCCGAAAGCCCUCUCUCUACCUCGGGGCGUGUUAAUACAUGUGCGGCUGGCAGAUAUGUAUAGGAGCAGGUCCGUUUAAAAGUGUCGGGGCGGUCGCUGAUAGAAAGGCUCAAUGAGCAUAUCGAGAAGGUGCAGCGGCGCAGCUUCGGGAGCAGGGAAGAAAGGGCGAGCGAGAUGGAGCUUUCCGCACUGGCAGCUGCACUGGGGGUCGACUGGAGCGAGCGAGAGAGAGAGAGAGAGAGAGAGAGAGAAGGGUGACUGCAUCGGCGGGGGUGGGAGCGGACGCACGGAUCGAAGUAGUCUGAUCUGCGCGCGGCAACCCCGAGAGUGGGAACGAGCGAGUCGAUACGCGCGUCUCUCGCGGAAUACAGAUAGCGAGAGAGAGAGAGAGAGAGAGAGAGAGAGCGAGGCGGACAUGCGCAGAGCUCGAACCGGGGGGCUGGAGCCGUGGGAGUGGGAGGCGCGCGCGCACUUGGAUCGCUCAAUAUUCAUCCCUCGAGCAAGAGAGAGGACUGCGAGUCCGCCGCGAGUAGUUGCACUCCGCUCGAGCCCGAGAGCGCCCGAGAGAGCCGAGAUAUAACUGCCGACCGAGGUACAGCUCGCUCUCCUCCUCAUCUCUCUCAAUCGAAGAAUCGACUCUCGCCGAACUAGUCGUCCAGCUCCAGCAGCAGCAGCAGCAGCAGCAGCAGCAGCAGCAGCGCGCGUACGGCUCCACGGUUGUGCCGCUGCCACCCCAGGAGAGACAGAGAGCUUGCGCUAACUAGAACUCGCCCCAGCAGCAGCCAAGAUGGAGGCCAAGAAGGAGCAGUAUUACAUGCCGCCGCCGGAGCUCGAGAAAUGGGAGAGCAUACGGCUCUUCCUCUACAACUCGGAGACCGGCCAGGUCAUGGGCCGCACCGGCUCCAGCUGGGCCAAGAUCCUGCUGUUCUACCUGAUCUUCUACAUCGUGCUGGCCGCCUUCUUCGGCGGCAUGCUGGCCGUGUUCUACCAGACGCUCGACGCGAAGCAGCCCAAGUGGCAGCUGGACAGCUCCCUGAUCGGUAGCAAUCCCGGUCUGGGCUUCCGGCCGAUGCCGCCAGAGAGCAACGUCGAGAGCACCCUCAUCUGGUACAAGGCCACCGACGAGGGCAACUACCGCCACUGGUCCAAGGCGCUCGACAGCUUCCUCCAGUCCUACAACAAGACGGGACCCGGCCGGGAGAACCAGGACAACCGAGUCUACUGCGACUACGGCAAGCCGGCGCCCCAGGGCAAAGUCUGCGACGUCAUCGUGGGGGACUGGCACCCCUGCACAAAGUCCAACUUUUACAAUUACCAGAAGUCUGCCCCCUGUAUCUUCCUGAAACUGAACAAGAUCUACGGCUGGCUGCCGGCGUACUACAACGACACCUCGAAACUGCCGGACAACAUGCCUGCCGAUCUGAAGAACCACAUCGCCAGUCAGAAGCCCCAGAACCGCGACACCGUCUGGGUGUCGUGCGAGGGUGAGAAUCCCGCCGAUAUCGAGAACAUCGGGCCCAUCCAGUACAUUCCUCGCCGCGGCUUCCCCGGCUUCUACUUCCCCUUCAAGAACGAGCCCGGCUACCUCAGCCCCCUCGUCGCCGUCUUCUUCGAGAAGCCCAAGUACGGCGUGCUGAUCAACAUCGAGUGCAAGGCCUGGGCGCACAACAUCAUCCACGACCGGUUCGAGAGGCGCGGCUCGGUCCACUUCGAGCUGAUGGUCGACUAAGCGACUCGCGUCUUUCGCACAUCGUCUGCAGCAGCGGAGCAUAAACAGCGGCGGAGCGUAUCUCAAAAAGCAAAAGACAACAUGUAAAGCCAAGCGGCGAGCGACGACCAUCGCCUCCCCCCCCCCCCCUAUACCCUUUAUUGUUACUCUAUCAUCAGCCGCGAGACAUACUUCACACGCAAACACACACACACACACACAGACGGCGCUAAUCGAGUCGAACGACAUCGGACCGAGAGGGAGAAGCGCCACCCCCACCGCGAGCGAUCGCCUCGAUAUAUGCACCGACACACGCUUCACGCUGUGUGCGCGCGCGCGCGCUCGAGGGUGGCUGGCUGACUUUUGGCCAAGUCGAGAGUGGGGCUGAGAGAGGAGGGCGCGAGAGGAUUACGCGACAUUAUAUACUGCACUGCACAAAACGCGAGCGCACUCGGAGCCGCUCGUCCUCGUUACGGUAUGCCUGCUAUAACGUAUACACAAACUGUACACCGCCGCGAUAAUACCGUCUUCGUUUAUUCCGUACUCCCUCCCUUGAAAGACAAAUAAGCCGCUGCGCUUCCUGCGUAUACAACUCCCGAGGCUCGCGUAUACGCGUUCGGAGGGCUCGUCGCGUCCUUCGUUCCUCCCUUUCGGUUCCAGCGAUGCACACCUAUUGACUAUAUACGCGCGCGCGCAUUUUCACGUUCACGGCACCAACUAGCGCAGAGACGAGGGCUGAUGUGUCUACAAGUCUACAAGAAGCCGCCCCCUCCUGUAUAGCGUCGCUUGACGAAUGAACUCGACACUCCAGAGGACGGGAUUUCGAGGGAUGAAAAGCUAUACUCAAAAGAAUCCAUGUGUUCUCGCGACCCGUACUUAAUUAUAUUAUAUAUAAAAUACUAUAUAGCUGCUUGAAUAACUGUCCUAUCGUAGAAUGCGAGAGGGCGGCCGAGAGAGAGGGGGGGGGGGGAAGAGGGAGCGAUUCGACACCUCCGAGAUUACUGUAUAUCGAUAAUACGAUAAGGAAAAGGAAUAAACAGUAGUACUCCUACUCUCACACACACACACACACACACACUUACACGGACUGGUUUGUGAUUCUGUACAUCCUCAACGUUCAACUCCGUUACCGCCUCUAUGUUAUAUUGUACUUAUGCGUUGAAGCUGUAAUAUUUAAAUUAUCGCGCCGCAGGCCGUGAUUGCGUGCACACUGCACGUGCUGAUCUGCGUGUACUUAUAAGAGAAAAACAAAAGUACGUAACCCAAUCGAACGUUCGAUUAUCCUCGGUUCUCCCUUCCUUGUAUUAUUAUUAUUAUUAUUAUUAUUAUUACAUUAUACGUACGUCGUCGUCGUUCCGAUCGUGUUCAAACAAGCCGAUUGACGCUUUGAAGAAACGAAUAUAUACCGCGCAUAUAUUAUAUACACAUAUAGAAAAGGAUUUUUCGUCUUUUCUUUUUAUAUACAUACACGUAUAGGAGAUGACACGGGACAAUUGUUCGGUUCAUUCGUACGAUACAUGUAUUAUUAUACCGCGUUUACGUAUUACGUGUACACUUGUUUUUUCAUUUUCGAGAGUGUUCGCGAUUUCAAAUAGGGGCUUGAUCGUCGAGCCGCGAGCGUAUUUUUCUUAUACACAUAUAUGUUAUAUAUUGUUAAAAACGAAGGCGACGCGUACUUAUUGAUUAUAUUAUAUAUACGAACGAAAAAACUGUUAUGUGACGAUUCGCCGGCGCCUUGGCGUUUAGCCUUCAGUUAUCACUUGAGAUAUGAUGAUGACGAUGAAAAGACAGAUACGAGAAUUGUUGCGAGAGAGGAUCAUAUAAAAAAGAGAAAAUAAACGCAGAGAAGAAGUAAGAUGAAAUUUUACCUCUUGUUGGACAGAGAGCGAGAGUUUGCUUAUGUGAGCUGCGUGAAAAUAAGGAGUUCGAGUACGAGCUGAGGGAGAUUAUAACUAAUUAAAACCAAAGAGUCAUUACAAAUAAAAGAAAUUUACCAAAAAAAGAAAACAAGAGAAGCGAUCGAAGCCUAUAGUGAAAUUCAGACGUGAAAAAUUAUACGAUGUAUAUUUAUAAUUACAUAUAACGUGCCGCUUAAACAAAAAAUGAUUUACACGUGGGCGUGCGCGCAUCGCGUACACACACACACACACACACAUACAUCCACCGUGAGCGCACGCCACUGUAAUAGUUCACACAGUAAAACAACAAAGAAGAACAACAAAAAAAAUAAUAAUAAUGAAAAAUAAACUGAUAAAAUGACAAAAAAAAAUAAUAAUAAACAACAAAAAAAAGUACUUUUAGAGGCCGGUUGAUAGAGCUUCGUGAUGAACGCGCGAUCGGCGGCAAAUCGGCCGGCGAUGCAACUCCCGGCCCCGUCGCUCUUUCUUUCCUUCUGCCACACGACCCGACGUUACUGCGAAAUAAUUCUCCCUAUCAUUAAUCCCAUCGACUCGUAUAUAUUAUGCGUUCCUCGUUAUAAUAAUAUUAUAUACGGACAAUGUACGAUCUUCGUUUAUUCGCUUUUUACGAAUACUAUGUUAUGUACUGUACACACAGGCAUGCUUGGACUUUGACACACACACACACACACACACAAACACAUGCAAGCGCACUGUACCUCUCGCGAAGCAGAAGAAAAAAAAAUAUAAAUAAAUAAGCCGCGCGCGCAGACGAGAGGAAAGAAAGAGAGACGCGCCGCGGGGAGACUAUAGGAGCCGGCCCUCGCAGCCGCGAGCGUCGUCGUGUAUAAGAUUAUUUAAUUGCUAUAUAUAAAUAUAUUUAUUAUUAUAAUUAAAGAUUCGAGAUUAAGGAUUAUUUCCGGGCGCGAUCCGGGCUCGUGUUACACACUUUAACUUAUAGAGACGAUUAUUAUACAUAAUAUAUAUAUAAUAUAAUGUAAACGUGUGAGAAAGCGAAUACUGUGCGCGAGUGUGAAAGGGAGACAGAACGCGAGGGAGAGAGAGAGAGAGAGAGAGAGAAGCGAGCGUUAAAACACAAACAAAAAUACGUUACAAUAAAUGUCACACUAUGUUAUACAGAGAAUAAUCGAAAGCGAAAGAAUUGCUUGUAACAAACUAAAAUGAAAAAACAAACAGACAAACAAACAGUGUGUGCACGGCGUUUAAAAUAAUAAUAAAAGAAAAAAGUUUCGAUCGUAGCGAACUAUUAAACUUGUACGAAACCAACAAAUAUCACCUCUGUAAGAGCGCGCGCGCGGCUUCGCAAGCUUCCUUUUUUAUCACACGCCAAACGACAAGGACGCCUACGUAUACCCAUGUAAAACUUGGACGCGGCGACGAUCGCGCGGCCCUUGUCGAUCGAGCUUGCGAUACGCGCAUUCGCGCGCGCGCGCGCGCACGCGCGAGUAUUUAAAAACAAACAAACUAUAAAACGAUCAAGUAUAACACAAUGAAGUAAAAAGACACGCAGAUUAACAAGAGAUGUGCUAUUCUAACGGGAAGGGACAGAUCUAUAUACUCAUCACUACGAGAAAGCGAUGAGCUGUUUCUAAUAAAUGGACAUUAAACGUUGUUAACAUUAUACCAGCGGGACCGAGGGUGAGACUGCGAGAGAGUGAGAGAGAAAGAGAGCGAAAGCUGACGAUGUUUCACAUGUGUGUAUUCGCUAGAGGGAUGAGAAACGGAAAGGAAUACGUUAUAUGCUUGACAUAGAAAUCGAGGCAAGAACUACUUCGACGGAUGUAUACCUAUAUAUACGAAGAGGAUCCGGUGUGCGCGUCUGUGUGUGUGUGUGUGUGUGUGCGCGCGUUAUGAGCGAAAGCAAGAGGGAUGGGACUCUCGAUACACGAUUUUUUUCUUUCCAGCGAGCGUUGGUGUACGGGGAAAUAAUUCUUGCACGAUAUUAACACCGUUACUCGUUAGCCGAUGUAUAAGCCUAGUUGAUAAAUGCGAUGGGCGCUUUUUUGGGAAUAAAAACGAAUAAGUAAAGUGAGAAAUAAAAAGACACUACUCUGACAAAAAAAAAAAAAAAAAAAAAAAAAAAUUAAAAAAAAUUGGAAAAAAACAAGUCGGUUUUUGCAGUUAUUUUAUCAUUCCCGCUCUUCAUUCGAUUGAUUUGUUUCCAAUUUCAACUUGUUGUGUUUUUUGAUUAUUAUAGAUAAAUGAUAAGUAUACAUGCAAUGCGAAAAGUCGCAGAGAGGGCCUGCUAUAAACUUGUGAAGCACUUUUAUGUUGUUGAUGGUAUUUAUAAUUUUGUAUACGCAAUAAAAAGUUACAACACUGCACCGAAUGUCGUAUAUAUAGUGUAGAUCGAUGAGGUAUAUACAUGUAUUGCAUGAGUUUUUCUUUUGUGUUCACUAUAUAUAAACAAGUAGAAACUAUAACUUGCAUCAAUUUUAUAUGAAGAUUAAUAUCUUUUGACCGUCCGUCAGAUUUUUUUUAGUUCUCUGUUAACUCUUUGUAAAACUCUCUGUACUACUCGAUUAAAAAGCGAGUUUUAAGUAUAUGAAGACGUCUCUUGCAUGUGAAGCCCUUGAAAAAUAUAUAGUGUUAUCAUUAUAUACUAUAAAAUAAUUUAACAUGUAAUAUGCAAAUCUUAUUCAAGUAUUCAAAAGUUUAUAGCGUUAAACUAUAGAGACAAAUGAAAUUCCCGAUUGACUGUUUAAUGUAGCUUAUAGAUUCGCACGAGAAGAAAAUCCUCUAAAUUUUCCAGUACUUUUAACGACUACGUUUUUAUUUGAAAAUUUGCAUUUCAAACAUUCUACAAAGCUAAAAAUACGUGCGAUGGAAGUUCUUUUUUAGCUUCAGUAAAAGUACGAAAUUUGGUUUGGCGCCAAAGACGUUUGUUUCUAUGUACCUUUGUCAAGUACAAAAUUAAUAUUAUUUGAACAGAUGACGUAGUUUUGAUUUAAUUUGCAAUGCAAAUUAUGUUUAUUUUUUGAUAAAAAAGCGACGAAAACAAGUUUAAACCGGUUCAGACGUCAUUUCUUAUCUUUAUUGCUUUAUUAAGUUAACAGAAUGCUUUUAAUUUGGGCAAAUGUUUUCAUAUCCAAGUGACUGGAAAGGCAAACAUGAUUGAUUUCCUCCUGAAGUAGGCAAUUAAUGACAAUUCGAUGGGUUUUAAUUGCGCAAUGAUAUGUAGUUUCUUUUGCUUGUAACAAUUUGUUUAUUUAUGUAAGAUAUCGAAUUUAGAAUAAUUUUUACGAUUUUCAAUGUAACUAUUUCGGCCCCUGGAAGAAGAUGACCUUUUGUACACUAGUGUAUAACUGUCCGUGCUCUUUUAAUAAACGUUGAAUCUAUUUAAACUUA